GUGUGUGGUGGCCGGAUCUGGGGUUCUUGGUAUUCCAUAUGCUUUACAACAAGGAGGAUGGAUAUCUUUGAUUCUUCUAAUUCUAUCGGCACUUAUGUCUACAUAUUCAAGCAUAAAAUUGAUAGAAUGUAUAGAUAAAACUCGCAAAACAUCUGUAUCGGAUAUAGCAUAUGAAGCGUUUGGUAAUCUACAAACAUUGUUCAGUAACUAUGGAAUCGAUUUGGGAAUAGAAACAUGGAUAUAUAUCUGUGCUGGUACCAUGUGUAUUCCAUUCAUUUUUCUUAAAACAAUGAAAGAAACCGCUUGGCUAAGUAUAUUUGGUGUUGUGACAACGUCGUUUGUCGUAUUAAUCGUGCUCAUAAUGUCCACAAUUGAUUAUCCAAACAAUUCAAAAAAUCUUCAUGAUUUUGUCAACCUUCGGAAUCUUCCCAUCGCGCAGUCAACUUUCUUUUUCAGUUUCGGGGGUAAUGUCGUUUACCCCCAUAUUCAAGCUAGCAUGAAAAAUAAAGGUGAUUGGCCUAAAGUGGUUACGCUUGCGAAAUUCACCAUUACUUCUAUGUAUCUUUUAAUCGGUAUUCCCGCUUACUUAACUUAUGGCCGAUCCACAAGAUCUCCUAUAUAUCUCAGCCUCCCACCCGGUUUCAUUGUUGAUAUUACUAUGAUAAUGAUCACUAUGCACGUUCUUUUUGCACUUCCUGUCUAUCAAACUGCUUUCUCUUUAGAAAUAGAGAAUUAUUAUUUUGUAAACAUUUCUAAUGAAAUUAAUAAGUUCAUUUUACGUACAAUCAUUCGUUUAACCCUUGUAAUUUUCACUAUAUAUAUCGCAACAACUGUACCAUAUUUUACCAAUAUCAUGUCAUUAUUAGGUGCAUUAGGCAAUGGUGUUUUAUUAAUGAUUUUACCAAUAUCUGUUUGGAUAAAAUUAUUUGGUUGGAAUAAUAUCCCAAAGUUUGAAAAAUUUUGGGUUAUUUUUAUUUUAUUUUUCGCUCUUUUUGGUGCUAUUGUUGGUACUUGGGAUGCAUUAAGUGCUUUAACGGCAGAAAUUAUGGACGGAAAUUGA